AUGGUCACCAACAUUCAACACAAGGUCUGUGUUCUUGAUGGCACCAAGGUUACGUACACGUCCUGGGUGAAAUUGUUCAUGCUUCAUGCAAAAGGUUACAAGGUUCUUCACCACAUCGAUGGAACGGAUCCUCUGGCAGACACGGAUCCAGAGUAUGCUUCAUGGGCCAAGAUCGACUCCAUCGUGUUGCAGUGGAUAUAUGGAACGUUGUCUAAUGAUCUUCUCGUCCGCGUUCUCGAGACUGACACCACGGCUAGGGACGCAUGGGUUCGCUUACAAGGUGUUUUUCUAAAUAAUAAAGGCUCUCGUGCAGCCACUCUUAAGCAUGCCUUUACUAAUCAUAAACUGUCAGCAUGUUCUUCUCUAGACGAGUACUGCACCAAGCUCAAGGAAAUCGAUGAACAACUGAAAGAUGUUUAUCAACCCGUACCUGAAUUUCGUGUAGUUCUCCAAUUGGCCCGCGAUCUACCUCCAGAAUAUUCGGUGACCGCGACACUAAUCCAUCAACAAUCCCCGACUUGGGAUAUUGCUCGAGACAUGAUCGAAUGCGAGGCACAACAGUUGGCGGCUCUAGAAACUGCAUAG